CAAAUUCUAUAUAAAACCCUAGCUAGUGGCUAUAAAUCGCUGUCUCCUCCUCCUUCUUCCCUCUUCUUCUUUCUCCGAAAUAUUAUAUGAAUCUUUCUCACAAAACCAUGUUUAUGACUGUUUAUUUCCUCAUGUUCCUCUUGGUUUUUAGUUCCUGCAACGCCGCAGCGAAGAUGGGACCAAUUAAGGUUUCUGAAAUAAAAAUAGUUCAAACAAGAUCAAGGCCAUCAAGACAUGAGUUCAUGGAGGGUUUUAGAUUCAAAGGUCGUGUGUUCCACUUUUGGUCUAAACGGGUACUUGUACCACCUUCAGGACCUUCCAAGAGGCACAAUUCUGUGGUGAACAAUCUCAAAAACUAA